AUGGCGAGGGCUACGACUUUUGUCAGAUCUCGCAAUGCUCCAGGCGCGGAUGCGAUCUCGUUUCCUGUCUUGACCUACACCGAUGCUCUACCACGGAACGACCUUCGCGAACUCGAUGGCAACGGCUCCACGCGACUACCAGAACAGGGGAGAGUCGCCCAGGUUGACUUUCCUCGACCCAGGAACACAGAUGGAAAAGAAAUCAGAAACCAACCGCCAGGUGCGGGCGCAGGCGCAACGUUCGACUUUCGAUUAACCGCGCCACCGGAUGAGGUUUUUCCCUCGAGCGCCGGUACAAAUCGCAGCCCAGGAGGCGUGCCUAGAAUCGGUGUCGCCCUAGGCAGUCCAAGCAUGCUUGACUCUCGUGAAAAUUUACCGCCACCUCGAUUUAACACGGAGAUCUUCUCUCAAGAACAGGUCGGUCAGAUAUCGCCGCCGCGCAAGCCGAGCACGUGGAAGAAAAUUGGCGGACUUUUUAAAGCGAAGAAUGCUCUUGCAGCGCCAAUAAACCAAUCUAAGGGACCUUUGAAACAACCCGUACUCGAGCAAAAGAGCGUUCAAAGCAAUAAGCCGAUGCAAAGACGGGGCUUAACGGACGAAUGGCCAAAAAUUGAAACCGAUCCUAGGGCUGCCCCAAGUGGGAACAACUCCGGCCCACAGCGAAGCCGCAAGGUAUCGCUCUCUGAAACGAAGACCAGCGCGGACAAACCCUCCGAGCAAGGCCCGUUCCUAAAUGUCAACAUUCCCGAUAUACAAAUGGAGCGCUAUAGUGUGAUGUUCAGCCACGUGAUGAACAAGAACCAGAGACCCUCUCUGCUGGCCAGAAGGAGCAAGACUCUGGACAACCUGAGCGUGCCGAACAACCAGGUUUUUAUGGCCGGCAAAAUACCCCCUGUUCCCCAGCGCCGAGCUACAUCACCAGCAAGAUCUAGCUUUACUCUGUUUCCGGCGUCGCAACCCUCCAAGGCGGCACAGAUGCUCGGCACGCAAAACUUCUCCCGUGGCCCGAGUCCGCUGCUUAGGGCAAAUACUCUGCCAGUUGAGAGUCCAUCCAAAGAAUCUACAGAACAGUCAUGGGCAACUCCCACUAAUAACCGUUCUUCUCCCUUCGGGUCCCCCAUGGUUCCCAAUCUUUUUGCUCAGCACUCCAGCACUCCGCGGUCAUCUCUCGACAAACCUCUGCCUCCCAUCAAACUGGAGCCGCAAGUUUCACAAAUUCAUCCGCGGGCAACUUCGAAGCUAGCAGUUUCUCAGGUAGUGAUGGAUUCUCACGGAGCUAAAGAAGUGAAGGCCCUCGCACCGCAAUCUGGAAAGUCCACGGCGCGCACAUUAGAUACAGGAAUUUCCGAAUCCUCAAAGAGCUCCCGUAGCCCUCAAAAAGAGGAGAAACCAUCUCCCGAGAAAAAUUCUCGUGCUCGAAAACCCAGCCUGGCAAUCCCUGGAUCAUUACCACACACCCAGCAAGAGAAGCAAUCCAAGCAACAAAAUUCUCAACCUUAUGAGCGACCCUCCAACCUACCUGUCUCGCAUAAUUCAAACCCUAUCUAUCAGGAACGGAAGUCUUCUUUGCAGGCCCCCCGCGCUCAUAUGCGGUCGCCUAAUCAACCACCUACGCAGCCACCCAGGAUACCCCAGGCAGCGCGAAAGCCAUCUCGCGAAAUGGACCAAAGGUCUCAGCAAAUGCCACAGACCAAUCGUCCUCCUCGACCCAACCUGAAAAUCCAGACCACACCACAGGCCCCCCCGCGGCCCCCGUUGAAAGACAAAUCCUUCUCCGGAUCGUCAUGCUCCACCCUACCUACAAGCACGCCACCGACCAGCACGCUCCCUACACCAAAUAUGUCCAAAGAAAGCCUCGACCGAACGCCGUCCCCGGUAGCACGAACCUUGAGCUCCAAGCCAGGAGUAUCUCCCGACCAAACAACCCGCUUGCCCUUUGUCUCUGAACCGGAAGAAAUCGAAAUUGAAAUCGGAAUCGAAGUCGAAUCCAAAGGACCCACCGAAGCUUCCGAGCAAAUUCCGACAAUUGAAGUCUCGACCGCACGCUCAAUUUCAGUGUCCCGGGCAAGGCGACAAAUACUUGUCCCCGUUGGAGCACGCGUUGACCCGUUUAACUCGAACGAGCGGUAUGUCGAGCGCAAGGCGUUGACGCCCCGGAUCAUGGGUGUGACACACGGGCAUAAACAUGCCGUAUCGCAGGAGUUACAAAUUGAGUCUCUUUGA